AUGGCGCGCACCGAGAAGCUCGUUGGCGAUGGCUGCUCCGGCAGCGAAGGCCAAGUGGAGGUGGAGGUCGGCAUGGGGGUGGACGGGAAGGGGGUGGAGUGCCGGAUAUGCCAGGAGGAGGGGGAGGAGGCCGCUAUGGACUCACCCUGCGCCUGCACUGGCACACUCAAGUUUGCCCACAGGAAAUGCAUACAGAGAUGGUGCAACAAGAAGGGCAAUAUUACAUGUGAAAUCUGCAACCAGGUUUACUCCCCGAAUUAUGUCAUCCCUCCACCUAAGUGUUGUUCAGAUGAAAUGGACAUGGAUCUCAGGCAAAACUGGGUUGGACGAAUCGAUCCUCAUGAUUCCCAUUUUCUAGCCAUUGCCAUCGCAGAGCAGCAGCUGCUGCAAGCUGAAUUUGAUGAUUGUGUAUCUGCAAAUUCUAGUGGUGUCACAUGCUGCCGAACCACUGCUCUAAUUUUGAUGUUCCUUUUGCUUGUACGACAUGUAAUUGUCAUUGUGAGGGAUGUUAGCAUGCUACAGGAUGCAACAGUGUUGUUCAGUCUCGUUCUUGCUAUGCUUUGCAGCAUCGGAGACGAAGACAGGUGUAGGGAGACUCACCUGAACCUUAAAGAACACCAAGGCGUACCAAUACCAAUUGAAGCGCCGCCUCGGCAGUACCCCCCGAAGAGAGGAUGCAUGGAAGCUUGCGAAGUGAGCUUCCCGUUGUUGCUUGGAGCCACCGCAAAGCAUUUGGUUUCUCUCCUGAAAACGUAG